AUGCUCACCACAAUCCUACCCCUCAGCUUGGCUGGCCUAGCUUCAGCAGCCCCCUUCACUUCCCGCCAGGUAGUGCCCAACUACCCCGAGACGCAGUUGUCCAAAGCGUUCCGCCUGGUUGCGAACGUCACCGACCCAUCCAAGGACUUUGACCCGCCGGUGAAUAACUGGGUCUUCAACGGGAUCCACACCGGCGCCGGCUUCAACGAUGCCGUCCUCUUCGCAGAUGGGGAUAGCAGCGGGCGUGUCUUCUACCAGAACGGCACAGCUGAGGAGAUUCGCUACUACGAGGGCAGCGUCCUCAGCGACGGCGGCACUCCUCCAUUUCCCUUCGGCAUCUACGUCGCCGCCGAGGAUCAGACCGACGCUGACGGUUACCAUGACGUGAGCCUCAACGUUGGCACGGGUACGAAGAGCGUGCAGCUGCAGCACUUUCCUGAGAUCUAUCCGGUCCUGAGGGGAGCCGGCCAAGGCACCUACGUCGCCUGCAAUCAAGUUGUGCCGUACUACAACAAGGAGUACGUCACGAUCCGCUGGACGUAUGAUAUCUUCGACUCCGAGACCGCCCUGUACGAGCACAAUAUCCCCGAUGCGUGCAUUGCCAUCAAACUCGUCGCAGAGUGUGCCACACUCAAUGACCUUCCGGAGGGGAGCCUAUCAAGCCACGAGUAUGCCUCGAAUGUCAAUUGCUACAAGGAUGUGUCGGCCAUCGAUUGGACCAAGUAUGGUCCCUGA